CCCCUUGUGAUUCAGACGAAGAAGCGUGUUUUCUGGUAAAUUCCGGCUGUAAUUUUCCUGCUCGUACAAUGGUGUCUCUCAAUCCCGUUCGCAUUCUGAAACACGAAGCCGAGGAGGAAAAGGGUGAAAUUGCCCGUCUGUCGUCAUUCGUGGGCGCCAUCGCCAUCGGUGACCUCGUGAAAAGCACCCUCGGUCCGAAGGGCAUGGACAAGAUAUUGGUCGCUAAUGGUCGCAAUGCCGGACAGAUUGAGGUAACGAACGAUGGGGCGACGAUUCUGCGUGCGGUCGGUGUGGACAACCCGGCAGCGAAAAUUCUCGUCGAUAUGUCACGAGUGCAGGAUGACGAGGUUGGAGAUGGUACCACAUCCGUCACGGUGUUUGCCUCCGAGCUGAUACGGGAGGCGGAGAAACUGGUGGAACAGAAGCUCCACCCACAGACGAUCGUUGCCGGAUGGCGUCAGGCGACGGAAGUGGCCCGUACCGCACUGCAGGGAGCUGCCACCGACAACUCAGCCAACCAGGAACGUUUCCGGGAAGAUUUGCUAAACAUUGCCCGUACAACACUGAGCUCGAAGAUUCUGUCCCAACACAAAGAACAAUUCGCAAAGCUGGCUGUCGAUGCGGUAUUGCGUCUGAAGGGAUCCGGUUCACUAACGGCUAUCCAACGCAUCAAGAAACUCGGCGGCUGUUUGGAGGAAUCGUUCCUGGACGAUGGUUUCCUGCUGGACAAAAAACCCGGUGUCCAUCAACCGAAGACGGUGAAGAACGCCAACAUUCUGAUCGCUAACACACCGAUGGACACGGACAAGAUUAAGGUGUUCGGUUCCUCGAUAAAGGUCGACUCGAUGAGCCAGAUUGCCGAGCUGGAGGGAGCCGAGAAGGAAAAGAUGAAGCAAAAGGUGGACAAGAUCCUAGCGCACAACAUCAACGUGUUUAUCAACCGUCAGCUGAUCUACAACUACCCGGAGCAGCUGUUUGCCGAUGCGGGCGUGAUGGCCAUCGAGCAUGCCGAUUUCGACGGUAUCGAACGGUUGGCCCUUGUGACCGGAGGUGAAAUUGUGUCCACGUUUGAUAAUCCCGAUCUGGUGAAGUUGGGCAAAUGCGACCUGAUCGAGCAGGUAAUGAUCGGCGAAGACACACUGUUGCGCUUCUCGGGCGUCCAGCUCGGCGAAGCUUGUACGGUCGUCAUCCGUGGUGCGACACAGCAAAUCAUCGACGAGGCGGAACGUUCGUUGCACGAUGCCCUUUGUGUCCUGGCCGCUACCGUGAAGGAAUCGCGCGUUGUUUAUGGAGGCGGUUGCUCUGAGACGCUGAUGGCAACGGCCGUCUUCAAACUGGCCGCCGAAACUGCCGGCAAGGAAGCGAUGGCUAUCGAAUCGUUUGGCCGUGCCCUGAUGCAGCUGCCGACGAUUAUCGCCGACAAUGCCGGAUACGAUUCGGCCCAGCUCGUGUCGGAACUGCGGGCCGCACAUUCCCAGGGUAAACACACGAUGGGACUGGACAUGAACGGCGGUAAGGUGGGCUGCAUGAAGGAGCUGGGAAUCACGGAAUCGUUUGCCGUGAAGCGACAGGUGUUAAUGUCGGCUGCCGAAGCGGCCGAAAUGAUUCUGCGUGUUGACAACAUCUUAAAGAGUGCUCCACGUCGCCGCGUACCGGAUCGUGGCUAUUGCUAGAAGCACAGCUUACCAUUUUCGUCGGAAUCUUCGUGCAUUUGUUUCCGUUCAUUUUAUACCAUCUCCUUUCUGUUUUUGUGCACCGUUCGAUUAGACCCCAAACUUUGCAUCUCGUAGCAAGGAUGGUUUCAUCAUUUGCAUCAUUGCAUUAUUAACGCUCUCAUCCUUUUUCUUUGCACGCGUAUCGUAUUAACCACCAGUUCCAUGUCGUGAACUCACUUCAAUUGCCUUCGUACUGCAAAAGGACGUUUAUCAAACACUUACUAACAUGUUUAUCCCUUUGAGGGAGCAUCUGCGUCAAGGAAUACUCUGUCUGGCGCAAGGAAAACGAAUAAAAUCAUUUAAUAAC